AUGCAGGCUGAUGCAGGCCAAAACACACCCACGUUUCCCAUUGUCUGGGUGGAUGGCCCGCUUCAGCACGGGGCGUGGAAGCUGACCCUGCUGGAUACACGCAGGAACCCUGUGUUUGCGUAUGACCCCUAUGACGACUCGUACCAGGCCAUUCCUCUGAGCAGCUCCCACACGGUCUACAUCAGUCCAGGGGCCGGCCCAGGCUCUCACCAGGUGGUGGUACAGAGGGACCCCUUUGAUGACCUCACGGGGCACAUCGUCCUGGGGCUGGUCACUGGGAUGGCUGCAGGCGUUGCCAUGCGUUCGUUCCUGUGGAUGCCCUUCUUCUUCUGCUGA